AGUGUAGGGUUUAAAGUAGCAGAACAUUUAAAAUAUAAAAGAAAUAUGCACCAGAACUCGCAAAUUAGUUUUAGAAAAAGUGUAUUUUCCUGUCACACUGCUUGCAAUGUUUAAUUGCUGAGAGAGCGUUUGGAGAUGGCAAUGUGACAGUGCAGGUGUCUCAGGCUGAGAGGAGGUGCUACAGGCCGGGGUACUGUAUAUGGAGGGUGUGGUGCUAAUUGGGAUCUAUCCUGGCAGACUGGAAAUAGAAAGUAGCUUCAUUAUCCUGACUGAACACAAGCAGGGAUAACGCUGGGAGUGACUGGCAUAGCAGGGGCUGCAGGGAGGCACUUCAUAAUCCGUGCCAAAUCCAACGUUGUAGCGAGUGACGAGAAUCGUAGAGUGCGCGGAACAGUCUCACGGACGCUGGGGUUUGGGAAGGACGACGCGGCAGCUGUUGCACUACGUUACGUCUAACUCUAUAGGUUGGAGAGCUGACGAUGUUGAAGAGUGAUUGGGGUUAAGCAGGCACAUACUGUACAAGAAAAAGCUACAGGUUUCCCUCAAGCACCAAGAACGAAAACCAGAAAGAAUUUGCAGAGAAUUUUUCAAAUGAGGUUAUAUGUGAUGCUUAGAAGAAUGAGCAGACCUUCCAAUCCAUAAUGCCAAGCAGUAUGUCAGGGUACAUACCCAGCUACUUGGAUAAAGAUGAGCUAUGUGUGGUAUGUGGAGACAAAGCUACAGGGUAUCACUAUAGAUGUAUCACCUGCGAGGGCUGCAAGGGCUUUUUUAGAAGAACUAUUCAGAAGAACCUCCACCCAAGCUAUUCCUGUAAAUAUGAAGGAAAAUGUGUUAUAGACAAAGUAACAAGGAACCAGUGCCAAGAAUGUCGCUUCAAAAAGUGCAAAACUGUUGGAAUGGCAACAGACUUGGUUUUGGAUGACAGCAAACGUUUGGCGAAAAGAAAGCUCAUAGAAGAAAACAGAGAAAAAAGACGGAAAGACGAGAUACAGAAAUCAAUUGUUCAGAGACCGGAACCAACACAAGAAGAAUGGGAGUUGAUACAAGUUGUCACUGAAGCACAUGUGGCCACCAACGCACAGGGAAGCCACUGGAAACAGAAAAGAAAAUUUUUGCCAGAGGACAUUGGACAAGCUCCCAUAGUUAAUGCGCCUGAAGGUGGAAAAGUGGACUUAGAAGCCUUCAGCCAGUUUACAAAAAUAAUCACCCCAGCAAUUACAAGAGUGGUUGAUUUUGCCAAAAAGCUACCUAUGUUUUGUGAGCUGCCAUGUGAAGACCAGAUCAUCCUUCUUAAAGGCUGUUGUAUGGAGAUCAUGUCCCUCCGAGCAGCCGUGCGGUAUGACCCCGAAAGUGAAACUCUAACGCUGAAUGGGGAGAUGGCAGUGACAAGGGGGCAGCUAAAAAAUGGAGGACUCGGUGUGGUCUCAGAUGCCAUCUUUGACUUGGGGGUGUCGCUUUCUUCAUUCAGUCUUGAUGAUACCGAAGUCGCCUUGUUGCAGGCUGUGCUGCUUAUGUCAUCAGAUCGUCCUGGUCUCUCUAGUGUGGAGAGAAUAGAAAAGUGCCAGGAAGGUUUCCUCUUGGCUUUUGAACACUACAUUAAUUACAGGAAACACAACAUUGCACACUUUUGGCCAAAACUGCUGAUGAAAGUCACCGACCUCCGCAUGAUCGGAGCAUGCCACGCCAGCCGGUUCCUGCACAUGAAGGUGGAGUGCCCCACUGAACUGUUUCCCCCACUGUUCUUGGAAGUGUUUGAGGACUAGAACAGACUGUGCUUCUGGAUUCUCAGCACUUCUGGGGGGUCUCCCCUUCCAUUCCAUUGCCUCCGUCACUUUUUAUUUUGUUCUUGUCCGUUCUGAAUAGACACUUGGAUGGAAAUGUUCCUCUGAUGCGGGUACUUGUGACUGACGUGUUUUCCUUAAUCUGUCCUUUUGAUGUGAAGUUUAUCCGUGGAAGUUCAAGCUCUUUCUUACUGAAGAGACAUGUCUACAUAUUACACAAGCGAUGUGUUUGGCUGUCCUUCCAGUUCUAAAGCGGUUUUGGGGGUGGGGAAAACAAAACAAAAAAAAAUGUAAAUGAUUUUGCAUUCACCAGCACUACGGAUCCAGCACAGCAAAGGUAUUCUCAAAUAUUGUGCCUGCGGCUACCAUCCCUACCAACCAUCUCCUGCAACGAUCACUCACUCGUGCAAUGUGGGGCAGUCAUUACCAUGUGUUGCUACAGUAUGCUGUUUCCUCCAGGAUCAGGGCAGAUAUUUGGUUGCAGAUGGUAUUUUUUUAAUUUAUUUUUUUAAAGCAGAAUGAACCACCCAUUGUCUGGCACUCUCUGUGUGCUGAGGAUAGUUGCUAAGCAUAUUUACUUAGUUGUUUGUUAGGAGGAGAUUUAGUCUGGUAAUAGCCCUAAUAAUCAUACCUUUAUACUUUAAAGAAACACAAUAAGCCUGAAAAGAAUGUAUUUUUUUACUCUAGCUUUUCCGUGUCCAGCAUCAACUUAUGUUUUUUUUUUUGUACUAAAAGAAAUGCUCUAAACAGAAAUAGAUAUUUAGUAAGAAACUACAUUUGCUCACUUUCGUAUUAUGUAGUCUGUGUUGAUAGGCUGACUGUAUAGAAUUAGUUCUUUAAUUCUGCACAUUCCCUUCUCAGGUAUUUGGAAGUACACUUUUCUGGAAUGCUUUCUGUUUCACCAGUAUCCUAAGCCCUCCAAUUCUCUCUGGCGGAUGAAUCAUGACACAUUUUAUUGUCUUGUUCUGUAGCCUGGAUACAUCACGUGCAGUCCACCAUCUGUAGCUGAACUACCAAUCAGCCGCAGUUCAGCCGCAGCUGGAGGAUUCAAUGUUGAAGAUCUGUAUACGUCAUAUAUGGGAAAAUAUGAGAUUUGGUAACAUUACAAAGCUAUAAACCAAGGUCAUAAAUCGACAGCAUCCAAACUCUUGGAAUGUGAUAGACAAUAACAAUUUGUAACUGUAGCGCUACCUCCUUUAUUGUCAGAGUUCUAAUAGUGCCUAGGUAUGGAGCAGUGGCAUCAUUUUCAAGCUGGUAAACAAACUGCUUUAUCACCUUAUAUGUACUCACUUUAUCAGGCUACUCAUAAACUGUGUUCAUCCAGGUUAAUAUAUAUAUUAAUUCAGGUUCUUAUCAGCUGCAAGGUUAUUAUAUUACAGAAAAUAUAUUUUUUAAAAAUGUUAAAUUAAAAAAAUGUCUAAAAAAAUAACAACAUUUUGCCAAUAACUAAAAAAAAAAUUCAGACCCAUGAGAAUUAGAUAAAAAACAAAGAAUUGAGUAGGAGGUUUCUGGAAUAGGAAGUUUCGGUUUGAAGUAUAUAUAUACUGUAUAUACACAUAUGUAACAUUUUGAAAUAGUGUGGUCUGUGCUUUUUUUUCCAGAUGAUCUAGUUUAGCAGUGUUUUUAUACUCAAGUUUAAACCUAAAUACAAAAGAUUUUAUUUUAUAUUGUAAAAAUUCUAUAAAAUCUGAAAAAGUUUUAUGAAACAACUCGUUUUCACAGAUGUUACUCCCAAGAAAGAUAUUUUUCUAUCAAACAGGAAAGGCCUUUAUCGUCUACAUAGGGUUUUAUAACCAACCCACCAUAACUGCAUAUACUCAGGAAAACUAUCUUGCCAACAGUUCACAUUUACAAUGAAAACCACUUUUUCAUUAAUAAAAAUCCUUUGCCCUUAAUGAGAUCAGUGGCCUGUCUCUUGACGAAUUGUUCUUUCCCAGACUAAUUGUUAUGUGCCCCUUUAGUUUAAUGUGGGCAGGAAUUGCAUUUGGUAGGCAUUCUUUGCAAUGGUAUUCUCUAGCUUUUUAUUAUCUUAUUUGCUUUCAUCCAGGGCAAGGCAUACACAUUACUCUCCAGAUCAUCAAACUCUAGGGAACAGAGACAUACACUUUUUCAACUGGGGAAUCAUGAAGAAUUGACACAUUUAUUAGAGCACAUAAAUGUGUUAUUUCCUCAAAGUGUGUUCAACUGACAUGAGCGGUUGAACACCAUUUAGUAAAGUGUUAGAGCUGACACCCUCCAAAUCCUUAUAACCCAGUGCAAAUUGCAAGCAGGGAUUACUUGACUAUUGCCACUGCUUGGUAAAAAUAUACAGAUUUAUAAUAAAGCUGCCCAAAAUGUUUUCCUUUCAUAACUACAAAUGUAAUUUCUUGCUAGAAAAUCUAGUCCAAUUUAAAUAUGACCAAGAAAUUCCAGUUCUAUUCUUAGGUAAGCAUUUACUUGUAGGAAAUAAAAUAAACUUGUAUUAAAGUUGCACUAGUAAAAAGCAUAAAUUAUAAGAAGGGAGUGGAGAAUUCCGUUCAUUUUAGUCAUUUGACUGUAUUUUAUUGCAGUAUUGCAAGUGGAUGCCUAAAUGACAUAAAAAAAUCACUAGUUUAUAAUCCCUUGUGUGAUGUAUGUUGUAGGAAUUAUUACAGAAGGGGGCCUGUCAUUGAUGUAAACAUGAACCCAAACUAUAAUUAAAGGAGAACUAUUGCUAUUUACUAAAACUCGGUUUUUCUACAAAUUUGGCAUAUUUACUAUUAAUUUUAGUAGAAAAAAUCAGAUCAGAUUUUAAAAACUCAAAAAAUUUGAGUUUUAAUCGAGUCAACCACCAGAAUCAACCAGAAAAACUAAACAUUUUCGAAGGAAGACCCCAAACUCUUAAAAUUUGUGAAGGUUAAAAACAUUUUAAAAUGGUUAAACGGACAGCUGCCAUUGACUUUGGCAUGAAUUUGACAGGUUUUAGAUGGAGUAUUUUCAAAUUCAGACUAUAAGCAGCUUCGGGGCAUAAUACAUGUUGAAAAAUUUGAUUUUUUUUUUCUUGAAAAAUGUGACUUCUUUUAGUGAAGAAACUCAAAUUGUUAGGAAAAAACAUUGAGUUUUAAUAAAUAACCCAAAGAUUUGGAAAACUCAAAUGCAAAACAUUGCCAUCUCUAAGCUGUGGUGUUUAUGCAGACGUCAAUGGGAGCUUUCUAUGGCAAAUUUAAAGGGUUUAAAAGUUUUUCGCAUUUUUGACCCAUUAAAAUUUUAAAUUUUAGAUUUUUUCCAUAGAUUUUAGUAUCAGUGCUACAUAGCAUAAAAACAUCAUCCUAAAUCACAUUUUUUGACAAUGUUCUGGACAACAAUGUUGUGUCCUGUAUUCUACAUUUUUUAUCAAUUUUGUUUUUUUGUAUUUGGAUUUUUUUUUUUAAAAAAUCCAAAUACCCAAAGUUAUACA